UGACGUCAACGAACACCACGAGCCAUUGCCGUGGGUUCGACUACGCUGCUGCACUUGCUCCAUUUUCUUCCUCGAAAUAGAAGGCAGUUCAUUGUGUUUGCAAGCCACGCCAAGCUUUGCGGGAAAGUGUUAUUUCGACAAAAGUAACAGCGAUAAACAAAAAAGCGGUGCAAUCUUUGGUGCAUUUCCGAUCGACCAAGGCUGUAACAUGAAGCGUGGAAACGAAGAUGCCAGUGAUGGUGGAAAUGAAGAGCAAGUGUCCUCCGCCGAACAGGAUGGAUCGAACGAUGAGCAGAGUGCAAAAAAUAAUGCGCAAGCCGAGGAUUCAUCCGACUCUAGCACAAAGUCCUCGGUGAAGCGUAUGCGCUCCGAGGAGCAGGAGGUCCGGCUGUUGAUUCCGAGCAAGAUGGCUGGAGCAAUCAUUGGAAAAGGGGGUCAUAACAUCCAAAAGCUACGGACAGAGUAUCAAGCCCAAGUGAAUGUAGGCGACUGUACUGGCCCUGAACGGGUGCUUACUAUUGGUGGCGAUAUGGAGACGGUGACGAAGGUUGUGAAGGAUGUGAUGAAGCAUCUUGAUCGGGCCGGAGACAAUGAGUACGAACUGAGAAUACUGAUCCAUCUAAGUCUGGCCGGAUGCGUCAUCGGUCGCGGUGGCAGCAAAAUCAAGGAGAUAAAGGAUGAAAUCGGAUGCCGGUUGAAGAUCUUCUCAAACAUCCCGCCGCAAAGUACAGAUCGCAUUGCUCAAGUGAUAGGCAGCGAGGAACAAUGUCUGAAGACGUUGAACGAAAUCAUCAAGCUGAUCAAAGGCACACCGAUAAAGGGCCCGGUACACAACUACGAUCCGCACAACUACGAUGACAUGUACGCGGACGAGUACGGUGGGUACGGUAUUGGCGGUGGCGGUGGAGGCAGUGGAGCCUUCCGGAACGGUGGCCGUAAUGCGGGCGGUGCCGCACCCGGUAGCGGAUACGAUCGGCGCGGAGGCGAUCGAUACGAUGAUCGGGGAGGUCGCUCCAACCGUGGCUACGACCGAGGCAACGAUCGUGCGAAUCGUGGUGCUGGGGCAGGCGUCGGUGGUGGUGGUGGCGGUGGAAUGAGGGAUCGAGACUACAUCAACCCGUGGGCUAAUCCCAUCAAUGGCAAUAGCAUGGGUGGCAGCUUCGGCGGUGGCAACAGCCUUGCGUUGGGCAAUCUCGGCAGUCUGAACCUGGGCGGUGCUGGUGGCAAUUUGGGCAACGGCAGCCUGGGCAACUUUGGCGGCGGUAACAACGGUGCUAUGGAUAACAAAACCUCAACGCAGGUUACAAUUCCCAAAGAUCUGGCUGGUGCCAUCAUCGGUAAGGGCGGUGGUCGAAUACGCCGCAUCCGGAAUGAAUCGAACGCUUUCAUCCAGAUCGACGAAGCCUUACCGGGGUCGAAUGAUCGCAUCAUUACCAUCACUGGAACACCGAAGGAAAUUCAGGCCGCACAGUACAUGCUACAGCAAAGCGUUCGUGAAAAUCUGAGCGGAGCCGGAUCGGGUGGUUUCAAUCGGAACUAAGCGGCUGGUACGGUGGUGCCGGAAUUUAUCCUUAACUGCGACAGGUGUUUUCCUUCAUUGUAUUCGCGCGCGCGAGUUGGUGUGUGUGUGCGUGAUGAGCACGCUGCAUAAGAAAAUGUAAGAAGUACGUAGAAUAUACUUGUAACUGUUAGGAAAAGGCGUACGAGGGCGGUAUGGUAGUAAAGGUAAAGGCAAAACACACACACACACAGCCUAGACUGCUCCUUCUGCUAGCGCGAGCCCGAGUCCUUUCUCAAUAAUUGAAGAACAGUAACAUAACAUUAUGGUGUUGUAGUACGAGGAUGUGGGAGAAUGUAUAUCCUCCCCCCCUUUAACCGUUUCUCUAUCUCAACAAUACACGCGCACACACACACACAAGACACGCGUGUCACUUGGAGCGAGAGGGAGACGCCCGCCGGCGUAACGAACGAGCAUUUUACAACGAUAUCUCUGUUCCACGCGACGCAACAUACUUACCUUUAAGCAAAACCUGAGUCAACCAUUCGUUUUGUUCAUUUACCGGAAGUUUUUCAUUUGCAAAAGGGAUAAUAAUCUGGCAAUGUGCUUAGAGGGUGGUGAGAGUACCGAGCAGCAGCAGCAACCGACCAGCAAAGGUAGAAUGGGUUUUUUUUUCUUUCGCUAGUGCAUCACUAGAGAACCACCAUCGGGCGGAUCGGGUUCCGGCCCACAAUACACAGAGUACGGGCAUUUUCUUUACGUUUUAGCAGAUCGGAUCGGGCAGUUAAAGACCGCGGCAGGGUAUAUAGGUUUUAGUUGUACGUUUUCUUUUUUUUUUAUAGUAGUUUCUGUUCCGUUUUUUGCAAUCAGGGAGGAGAGCCACAGGAAGGCCCAGUAAAGCGAGAGCGAUAGUGGUGCUGGAUGCGGAAAGGGAGCGAUUUUUUUGUUCUCCAAAAUAAGUAAUGUUUAAGUGUCUUUCUAACACCAGCAAACUUUCCAGUAAUCUCAUGAACUAAAUAAAUCGAAAUAAAAAUUAAAACAAAACCCAAUAGCCUCCUUAGUACAGCUAGGCACUCCAAGGUUAAAAAUAGUCCUGCUCUUCCUUUCCCUUCGCAUUCAAAACCACCACUGAAUCAGUGUUAGCAAGUACAUAAUACUACAGAUUUCUACCGUUUGCUCCCACCACUACUAAAGCGUGCAUGUCCCAGUGUGUGUAUAGGCGUAGUAUAAUAAUAAGGCCGGGGAGUGAAUGACCUACCGAUCCUUCUCAAGCGCAUUUUUUCUGUCAGAUACUGUUCUAUACUUCCAUUUACGAUAAGAGGUGAUGAUGAACUUAACCAACUAUAAUCAACCAUCCAACCAGCCAUCCAAUGAACCAAAACAACGACACACACACACACGAUUACGAUUUAAAAUCUACGGCAAGCCUCCUCUCCACUGCAUGGAGUGUUGAGUAGGUAAUAUUUAACUCUUACGAUUUCAUCCUCUUUACACAAAUACCCCCUCCUCAUUGGUGUGUGUUGUGUGUCGCAUGUUAGUGUGUGAAGCAGGGGAUGAUAUGAAAGCGCCAUUAUAAUGGUACAUUAAAUGUAGUUGCAAAAGCAACAAAACUAAACACAAAAAAACACACACACACAUAACUCUCAACAAACAUACCAAAUGUAUUGAAAGUGCUCUAACAAACCCUGUCUAUGCGCUGUUAUUAGCGAUAGUGAAGAGAAGAAAGAAAAGAAAUGUAGGGGGAAUAAUCAGAGAAAAACAAAGAGAACAAAACAAACCCCCCUAAUACUAAUACAGUUGUCCUUUAGAGAGCGGUAAAAUGUUUACGAAACACAGAAGAUACGGGGGAAAAUAGAUUGUAAAACGUCGACGAAAAAAAAAACCGGAAGUAAAUUUGUAUGGACAGGCUGAGACACGACUAAUUGUGAAACGACUAUGAAAAAACAAAAAACCACCACCACACCAGACAGAAAGGAAAGAAAACGCAAAAACGAACUGUAGUAUUAAAGAAAAAAUAUAUGGAAAUAGCGGAGAACUUA